UGUUGGCCGUGUCUCUCGCUCUUCGUCUCUCUGCGCAUAUAAAGUCGGCUGUCGCGACGGGAAGCGCCGGCAUUCGAAGGCGGCGACCGAGGAGAGAUGGAAGAGGCUAACAACGAGACGGGCAACACGGGACAUCCCUUCAAGGUGACCACCGUCUCCAGGGAACCGCUUAAGGGCGUCGUGGCCACCACCCUUCAGGACCUCACAACCAAGGCCGCCAAGAAGCUGGACAUCGAAGGCAACAUCACUGUGGUAUUGGAGGCGGAUGGAACGGAGAUCGAUGAUGAUGAGUAUUUCGCCACGCUGGAGCCGCACACGAGUCUGAUGAUCCUCAAGAUGGACGAGAAGUGGCUGCCGCCGGCUCCGCCGUGUCGACUCUCCUUCGACGAAUUGGACGAUGGAAAGGGCGGUCAGGAGCUUGUAGGAUUGGUGGACAAGCUUAAGCACAAUCUGUGCCACGUCUCUCUACUGGGAGGGCCUGAGCUUGAGCUGCUGAGCGACAUGGAUCCGGACUCGCUUGCCGACAUCACUUUCCCGGACAAAGUGUUCUUGGAGCAGCUGAAGGAGGCUUCCGGACGAUACUUGAUCGAGAAGAGGCAGGCGCAGGAUGCCAUGGAUCUGCUCAAGCUGUACCACGAGAAGGAGAGCUUAGAGAAUCAAACGAACGAGAAGUUUUUGAACAAGACUGACUAAGAUUUACAAAAAGAAGAACAAACUUGUUCGAGAUGGAUUGAGGGUUAGGAGGAGGAUGAGGCUCAAGAAGCGCACACAAAUUAUGUAAAUUCACUUCAUUCAAUUUUGGCUCUAAAGAAUAAAUGAAAACACCAACGGAACCCUAAACAAUUGAUGAUAAUAAGAAA